CUUUCAUUACAACUCCUCUACUUUUUCUCACGCUCAAGAUGUCUCCAAAGCUGCCCACUCGCCAGAACGUCCAAAGUGUCCUCAACCACCUUAACUCCUCUGAGGGUGUUAUCUACCUCAAAGGACAGGUCAUGACCGAAAGAGAUGAUACAGAUGUUGAACAAGCCUUUCGUCAGGAGAGCAACUUUUUUUACGUGACAGGUGUUGCCGAGCCUGGAUUCCAUGUAAUCAUUGAUAUUGCCUCCCAGCACAUCCAACUGAUUGCCCCUGUCGUCAACGCUGAUGAUGUUAUGUGGAUGGGCAUGCCUGACUCUAUCAGUGCUCUCAUCGAGAAAUACGAUGUUGAUACCGUUAUCUACGAAGACCAACUUGACCAGCGUCUCCAGUCCUCCUCGGUUGUGUAUACCCUCCCCACCACCAAGGUUACUGGUAAUUACAACCUGGCCAAUCUCGAACAGGUCGCUGCCCUCAAGGUUGCCUUUGGCGAGGCCCGCGCUGUGAAGAAGGACUGGGAAAUCGAAAUCAUUCGUCAAGCAAACAAGAUUUCAUCCGAUGCUCACGUCAAGUUAAUGGAGUCUGUCGAGGUUGGCUCGAACGAGGCCCAGCUGCACGCCCUGUUCUUGUACGAGUCUGCCCGUCGUGGUGCUUUCUUCCAGGCCUAUUAUCCAAUUAUGGGUGUUGGCAUGAAUGCGGCCACUUUGCACUACAACAAGAAUAACGCACCUCUCACUAACCCCUCUGACCUGGUUUUGGUUGAUGCAGGUGCCGAACUUGAUUGCUAUGCUUCUGAUAUUACCCGUGUUUUCCCGGUCGGUGGCAAGUUCACUCCUGAGGCUGCUGCCAUCUACAACCUUGUCCUUGACAUGCAAAAGGCCUGUUUGGCUGCUUGCAAGGCCGGUUCAGCUUGGGAGUAUAUCCACCAGAUUGCAGUUGAGGUUGCCUGCCAGGGUCUUUUGGAUCUCGGAAUUCUUCAGGGUGAAAAGCAAGAGGUGCUUGACAGCGAUGUUGUUGCCGCAUUCUACCCCCAUGGUAUCGGACACAUGCUUGGCCUCGAUGUCCAUGACGUUGCUGGUUAUCCUACUGGUGUUGAACGUAUUGACCGUCCUGGCUACCGUUACUUGCGUAUGCGCCGUAACCUAGCUCCCGGCAAUGUUGUUACUGUCGAACCCGGAGUUUACUUCUGCGACUUUUUGAUUGCCCCUGUUCUCGAAGAUGAAAAGACCAGCAAGUAUGUUAACCAGGAAGCUCUUAACAAGUACAAGUCUACUGGCGGUGUUCGUAUUGAGGACAACAUUGUCAUUACUGAGGAUGGCUAUAUCAACCUGACAACUGCUCCCAAGGAGAUUGAAGAGAUUGAGGCUUUGAUGACUGCUUCCAAGGCUUAAAAGGAGAAGAAGGAAAUAUUGUAAUAUUAAGAUCUGUAAGGGUAAAAUUGAUUUAUUGAACACCACUACUUCUGGAUUUGACUCGCUCUCCAAGUAGACGCAGACUUUUUGGUAUAUUUUUCUAGAGUCUGUUCAUUUGUUUAUUUAUUUAUUUAUGUAUGUAUCUAUCUUGUUACUUUUCUUUUAAUAUAUUUAAUAUAUAUUGUUUAAUCUUAUCAUUCAAUCUAUAUUUUUGAGACUUGUCCAGUCAAUCUAUUGGCUUAUUAAUCAGGGGAAUAUAACCAUGGAUCCGGUUCUUUUACCUUUUUUGAGUGUCCUGAGAAAAUUACAAUUUGUCUUAAAAGGCACACAAAAUUUACUAAAACCAAAAAAACCAAAAAAAAAGACCUUAUUUCUUGUGGCC